GAUACGACUCUAACGAAUCUUUAAGUACGACGUAUAUUAUAUGAGAAUUGAUUAUACUUUGCCGAGAUAAUAAAUUAUCUUCGAUCGAGUAUUAAAAAGAUCUCUAUAAUUACAAAUUCAGACGUUAAAAUAUAUUUCCGUUAAAAUAUAUUCUCGAGAAGCAAUCUGUCGAAAGGAAAUUAAACUUUAACGCACAUCUUUGACGUUUCUCUCGUACCAAUGGCAUUGAUAGGACCCGACUUACCGAAAAUUCCGUCUCCUUUGAAAAGCAUUCAGCAAUAUUUAACAAUCGCAGCGAAGCACGAUCAACGAGACGGUGUCGUUAGUUAUUGGUGCCGUCUUUAUGCUCUUCAAACUGGAUUAAAGCUAUCUACGAAGACAUCGGAGGAAACAAAUUUUUUAUUGAAAUUAAUGGACUGGUUGGAGAAAACGAAGAAAGAGUUACACGAUAAUGAGGCUAUUACUAAUGAUAUAGCUGCUCAAGCGCACUUGGAAAAUUGGGCCUUGAAACUUUUUUUGUAUGCCGAUAAGAACGAUAGGGCUGCGAAUUUUUCUAACAAUGUAGUACAAAGCUUUUAUACUGCUCAGGCAUUGUACAAUGUAUUGACAUUGUUUGGAGAACUAAGUGUAGAAGCAGUGCAGAAUCGAAAGUAUGCGCAAUGGAAAGCAUCUUAUAUCCACAACUGCUUAAUGAAUGGAGAAACUCCAAUUCCAGGACCGAUGAAAGAACAGGAUGAAGAAAAUGAUUCUGUCGAAGCAUUGAAUAAAAAUGAUAAUACCAAUUUGAGUGUUGAUACUACUGAAAGUCCCAAGGAUAAUAUUUCGCAAAGUAUUCCAUCUGUUCCUGUAAAUCCACCGACUACGAGAUCUCGGUCAUUUGAUGCAAAGGACAAUAUUGCGUUUAAGACUGAAAAUGAUGCUAAUCUAUCGAUAGAGCAAAUUAAUAAGGCCCAAAAAUUUAUAAAAUGGGCGAGUAGCGCAUUAGACUAUGAGGACGUAUCUACUUCUGUAAUGAAUCUUCGGAAAGCUUUGCAUCUUUUAACUACUGGUCAAGAACCUGCAUAGACGAAGGAAGUGCAUAGAUCACACAUUUGGUAACAGCUUACUUGCGAUUAACUGCGUUAUACUUGUCGCUUUUUUCCUGUAAUUGUCAGUAAACAAUAUUUUACUAACGUUUCACAAUUUUUAUACAUGUGCAACUUUUGAAUACAAAUAGAAGACGAAAAUAGAGACAAGUUUACAAUAACUAGUCAAAUUGGCCUUGAAUAUAUGUGUUGCACCUAUAAUUAAAAAUCGAAAGUUGUUACGGACUCUUUGUCCCUAGAUUUUAAUUGUUAUUGUUCGAAAUAAGAUAGAAUUGUAACUUUAUCGUAUUUAUUAAAACUAUUUGCCCUGAGAACUUUAAUGUGUUCUCUAACAAAAACUCCAACGUCACUCUACUCUGUUCCUCGAAUAACUUUUUAAUAACUUUAUCAAAAUGAAGACAUGAGAAAAAAUGUUAUUGUUUCGCUAAUAAUCUAAAAAAAAUUGAAGAUUUAAAUAUUACAAGCCAAUUAGUCUGAAAAAAAAAAUAAAUAAAUAAAAAUAAAAAUGAAAAUUUUAAUAUGUUGAAACACAAAUCAUGUAAAAAUUAACCAAAAUUGUUUUAAAAUAGACAACUCGAUAUGUAAUUUUUGGGGAGAAUAAUAUAUUAUUAUACUUCUGCGAACUUUAGAAUUUAAUAAUUUUUCGUAAGCAAAAUGAAUUUAUAUUUCAUAUUAUGGGAUGUAUACAUCUCUUGUACAUAAUAUAUUUUUUUAUAUAUACUUAAUGAGAAGAAAUAAAUAAAAAAAUGUAAAUAUGUA